UGGGCGGCCAUCUUGGAUUCCCAGAACCAGACGGGUGCAAACAAGGGCCCAGGGGACAUCACUGAGAAGGCCAGGACCAGAAGUGACAUAGUGGAGGUGCUGCCUUCAGCCUGCCUUCUAUAGGAUCUAUCAAAUGGAACAUGGACCCUGUGACAACACAGACACUUCCUGGCCUUCGUUCUCCCCACACUUUCCGAAUGUUAAACCAGACCUCAGACAAUGUCAGUGCCUCAACACUAAAUAGCUACACAACCCGAUUGACAAAUGACAGAAGUAGAGACGGAAUCCGUAAAGGUGGCAGCGCCACAGAGAAGCGCUUCCCUUGUUCUUUCUGUGGGAAAACCUUCAGUUUCCCCCAACAGGUGGAGAUUCACAAGAGGAUUCACACAGGGGAGAAACCAUUUGUUUGCCACCUGUGCCGGGGUAGUUUCUCCCAAUCUUCCAGCCUGAAGAGGCACCAGAGGGUCCACACAGGGGAGAAACCCUACAGCUGCCCCCAGUGUGAGAAGAGGUUCUCCCACCAGCACCAGCUGAAGAUGCACCUGAAGGUCCACACGGGAGAGAGGCCGUUCGCCUGUAUGCACUGCGGGAAGAGGUUCUCAGAGAGGAGCUACCUCAGGAUACACCAGCAGAAAAUGCAUACGGCCCAUGUAUAGAGUAUAGUGACAUGUAAUGUAGUACUAGUUAGUUUGUAGUUAAAUCUGUUGGUUUUGGAUGUAUAUGGAGCUGGAUGAGGUGAACUGAGGAAAUAAUGAGCAUGGUGAGGUAGAGUAAAUGAUAUGGUGAUGGUUGGUGUGAUGGUGUCUGUAAAAACUUUUCACUAAUGAAAAGUGACAACCUUGUCCUGUUUGAUGCUGGUGUUUUAUAAUGAGGAAAUUAUAGUGCCUUAAUUCAUGUUUACUUGACAUGAAGUGGUGAAGCUGUGUCUAAUGUUUAACUUUUUCCAAAGUAUUCUAAAAUACAUUUUAUCACUGCAAGGGUACCAGAUUUACAGAAAAUAGUGUUACCAUAGUGAGAAAAGUUAUUCUACUUGUCACGUAUCAUUUUGUGCAAUAAAAGUACUGUACUUCAAAGUUGAGUGUAAGACCAUUUAAAAAAAAAUUAAAUACAAAACUGACUGUGUUGACUGACUUUAUAUCAUUGCAUCAUUGCAGGGACUGAGUUUCCCUUCUCAGUCGAACCAAAACAUUAUA